AUGGAAUAUGUGGAACACACAAGUGAAUUCUCCAUUGGUGGAUUUAGAGGUAAGGCCACUGAUGACUCGGAGGAAUUCACAGGUGAAUCAACCGAAUACUGGCGACCAAAAGAGAAGGUGAUCACGAAGCGGUUUAGCCAGUUAACAACCAAUGUGGCCGAGGUGGCUAAUGUGAAUACGAAGGGAUACGAAGAACAAAGUGACGGAUUUUUAGAUAAUGGAACCGGAGGAGUGACCACGGAGGACUGGGGCGAAUACACGGACCCAUCAACGGCAUCAUGGUUGACAGGGAAAGAGUUAACUACUGAGGGCUACGAUGAUUUCACAGCUAAAGUAACGGUCGAUGUUGAUAGGAUUACGACGGAAUACCCCGAACAUACCGAUGAAUUCACCGGUGAUGGAUUUGGAGGUGAGACCACGGAUGAAUCGUUUGAGUACACAGACGGAUCAACCGAAUGCUGGUGGCCGAGACUUAAAGUGACAACGGAGCGUUUUAGCGAGUUAACAGACAAUGUGGCUGACGUGAGUAAUGUGAAUACGAAGAGAUACCCAGAACAAACGGAGGGAUUUUCAGACGAUGGAAUCGGAGGAGGAAUAACGGAAGACUGGGGAGCGUUUACGUACGCAUCAACCGAAUACCGGUUGCCAAGAGAAGAGCUAACUACAGUGGGCCACGACGAUUUCACAGCUAAAGUAACGGUCGAUGUUGAUAGGAUUACGACGGAAUACCCAGAACAUACCGCUGAAUUCUCCGGUGAUGGAUUUGGAGGUGAGACCACUGAUGACUCUGGGGUAUUCUCAGACGAAUCAACCGAAUCUUGGCUUCCGAGAAUUGAGCUGACCACCGACAGUUUCAAAGAGCUCACAGGCAAUGUGACCAACGUGGGUAAUGUGAAUUCGACGGAGCACCCAGAAAACACAAAGGAAUUUUCAGACGGUGGAUUCGGGAGAGGAAGCAAGGACGACUGGGGAGAAACCACGGAGGCAUCAACGGAAUACUAG